CGCUCCCCGGGUCGCGCUCUGCUUUUCCCUUUUUUUUUUUUUUUUUUUUAAUUUCCAAUUUUUGGUCGCAGCUGCGUUUCCCUCCCUCCCCCGCGCCCGCCCCCCCCCCCGCGCCGAGGAGGAGCCCGUGUGCGCGCUGCGCUGCCCGCAGAGCGCUCGGGGCCGCGAAGUUCUUUGUGCCGCUGCCUCCCGCCGCCGCCGCUUUUUUAUUUUGUUUUUUUUCCCCCCUUUUUUAAUUUUUUUUAAAUGUAUAACUUAAUGGGUCUGAACAGCACCGCCGUAGCUCUUCAGCCCAAUGUGUCCUGCACAUGCAACUGCAAGAGGUCUUUGUUCCAGAGCAUGGAGAUCACGGAGCUGGAGUUUGUACAGAUAAUCAUAAUCGUGGUGGUGAUGAUGGUGAUGGUGGUUGUGAUCACGUGUCUGCUGAACCACUACAAACUCUCUGCACGAUCCUUCAUCAGCCGGCACAGCCAGGGGAGGAGGAGAGAUGAGAAUCUAUCAUCAGAAGGAAGCCUGUGGCCUUCAGAAAGCACAGUGUCGGGAAACGGAAUAACAGAGCAGCAAAUCUACACGCCGAGACCCAGCGACCGGCUCGCAGUGCCAUCCUUUUUGCAGAGGGACCGUUUUAACAGAUUCCAGCCGACGUACCCCUACAUGCAGCACGAGAUCGACCUGCCGCCCACCAUCUCGCUGUCGGACGGCGAGGAGCCGCCCCCAUACCAGGGACCCUGCACGCUGCAGCUGCGAGACCCCGAGCAGCAAAUGGAGCUCAACAGAGAGUCGGUCCGGGCCCCCCCUAACAGAACCAUCUUCGACAGUGACUUGAUAGAUAACUCAGUGUACGGGGGGCCGUGCCCCCCCAGCAGUAACUCUGGCAUCAGCGCGACCUGCUAUGGGAGCAAUGGUCGGAUGGAAGGACCACCGCCGACGUACAGCGAGGUGAUAGGGCACUACCCCGGGUCUACGUUUUACCAGCACCAGCAGAACAACAACGGGAUGCCCUCGAUCUUAGAGGGCAGCAGACUCCAUCAUUCACAAAUCAAUGGCCUUGAGAACACAACUGCAUGGAACAAAGAUAAAGAGAAACAAAAAGGGCACCCCUUUUAAAAAAAAAAUCGCGCAAGAAAGUAAAUGAAAUGCUCUGCACUUCUCAUUAAAAGAAAAAGGAGGGAGAUUGAGAGUUGAGGAAGAUGAGCAAAGAAAAAAAGCCCUUCCCCAUCUCUCCGUGUAUAAAUAUUUACUUGUUAUGUCUGGUCUGAAUGCACAAGCCUACAAAGCUUGCAAAAACAUUUCUUUAUUGAGCUGUGUCUAGACAUUUAAAAAGGAAAAAAAAAUCAACUGUAGUCCUUUUUUUUUGUUUCUAGUUGAGCUGUGUGUGAAUGCUUUUUUUUGUUUGAUUAUUUCACUUAACUUUAAAGACAAAAUAUUUGCACAAAAAACGUUUUGUUUAAAGAUCUGCAAUAUAAAUAUAUAAAUAUAUAUUAAAAAUAAGAGAAAGUGUAUGUGUAAGGAGCAGGAGUAUUUUUGUAUUAGAAGAAGAGGCCUAUUCAAAAAAAAAAGUUGUUUUCUGAACUAGAAGAAAAAUGGCAAUUUUUUGAGUGCCAACUCAAAAAGUGUGUAUUACAUUGUAAAAAAACAAAAAACAAAAAAAAACAAAAGCAGGGGUUUAGAGUUAUUUAUAUAAAUGUUGAAAUUUUGCACUAUUUUUUAAUAUAAAUAUGUCAGUGCUUGUGUUGGUCAAAGCCUCUAUCAUGUCUACCAUGAAACUGUUAAGGGAUAAUAUGUCAAAGUGAAGAACAAACUAGCUGGAAGGGGGUGGAAAAAUCCUAAAGUUAAAAGGACAGCCCUGCGAGGAACGUUGUGAGCAAGACUGCAUCUUAUGCAAAUCUUUAAUUCCUAGAGUCCCCGGAGCAUGGACCGUCCUGGCCAGUCGGCUGGUCAGUGGCCCUCGCUGUUUUAUACAUUCCCUACCAAGAAAGAGGAGUGUGAGUGUGUGUGUGUGUGUGUGUGUGUGUGUGUGUGUGUGUGUGUGUGUGUUAUCCGUUAGGAUUAUUGGAGUAAAAAAGAUAAAAAUUGCUGCUUCUGAGAGUCAGUAAUGACAGGAGCAAACAAAAACUACUUGAUUUUUUUUUUGACAACCUCUAACUUUUUGGAGGGGGGUGGUGGGGAUGAGAAUAAACUUCUGUGUCUGAAGGAACAAA